UCAUUGACGCUGCCGCCGCCGCCACUAACGCCGAAACCUGCGGCAACCAAACGAACAGGGCUAAUAACCAAUGAAAAAUAAGAUAAAACUCAUAAAGGUAAGCUAGUUUAAGAGAGGCUUUGUAUUGAUGUUUUGUUUCUUUAAAGGCCCAAAACUUAAUAUCAGAUGGGCUCAGAAACAAUGCUGGUCCGGGCCUUAAGCCCAUACAUGUCCAUAAUAUUACCUUUUAGCAUACCCAUGUAACCCUUUUUCUUUUCGAAUUCAAGCAAGCUAGACUGUUGUUACUCCAUGGAGAAAUGGUACUAAACCCAAUUAUCAAAGCGAAAUUAAAAAAAGUUCAUCACUUUGAUCAUCAUGAGGUAUGGUAUUGAGAUGCUUGUGAGACGAGUUAUAGCGAUACCUCAACAUUCGAUUCCUUCUAGCUUCCAUGUUCUUCCUCAUUUUUGCUCAUCUUCUUCUGCUUCGCCUAGUUCCAAGCUGUUCAUUGGAGGGUUAUCUUACUCUGUGGACGAACAAUCUCUCAAAGAAGCUUUCUCUUCCUUUGGGAAGGUCGAAGAAGUUAGGAUUGCUUACGACAAGGGAAGUGGGAGGUCAAGAGGGUUCGGUUUUGUUGAUUUUGCAGAGAAAGACGAUGCUCUUUCUGCAAAACACGCCAUGGAUGGAAAGGGAUUAUUUGGUCGGCCAUUGAGGAUAGGUUUUGCACUUCAGAAGGUGCGUGGUGGUCCUGUGGUUGUUCAACGUUUUGGGAAACCUAAUAGCGACAGAGAGAAGAAGGUCUUCAAGUGAUGUCUGCAUCAUCUCAUAGGAUCAACCAAAUGACAAUAGUCAGCAUUGUUUGUAUACGCUCAUGGUUGUCUUUGGUUUAACUUUGUGGUAUCAAAAAGUUGUAGUGUGAAAGACUUUGACUUUAUAAAGAUUUUACACAGAGAAUAAGAGUAGCUUAUGA